CUGAUCCAUUGCCAGAGUCUCUGCACGGCACGGGACGCCCCGUCUGGCCUCAGCUUCAUCUGCCCGGGCUUGAUAAACAGGAGCGGACUCUGCACACACGGUACCCGGGUGGAUGAGAGACAGUCUAGCGGGUCGGUCGGCACCCACUAGACCUCUGCAAGGCGCUUGGCCCCGCGGGACAGAAGCGGUACAAGUCACAGACCAGACAUGGCUUUGAAGAUUGUCAAAGGGAGCAUCGAUCGGAUGUUCGAUAAAAAUCUUCAGGAUUUAGUACGUGGCAUUAGGAAUCACAAGGAAGAUGAGGCCAAGUACAUCUCCACAUGCAUCGAUGAGAUCAAACAGGAGCUCAAGCAGGACAACAUCGCUGUCAAAGCCAAUGCUGUGUGCAAGCUCACCUAUCUUCAGAUGCUUGGCUAUGAUGUCAGCUGGGCUGCUUUCAACAUCGUUGAAGUCAUGAGCUCCUCUAAGUUCACAUACAAGAGGAUUGGCUACCUGGCAGCUUCACAGUGUUUUCACGAGAGCACUGAUGUCAUCAUGCUGACAACCAAUCAGAUCCGAAAGGAUCUCAGCAGUCCCAACCAGUAUGACACAGGUGUUGCCCUCACUGGCCUCUCCUGUUUUGUGACCCCCGAUCUUGCUCGGGACCUGGCCAAUGACAUCAUGACACUGAUGUCCCACACUAAGCCGUACAUCAGAAAGAAAGCGGUGUUGAUUAUGUACAAGGUGUUCCUCAAGUACCCAGAGUCCCUGCGCCCUGCUUUCCCGAGGCUUAAGGAGAAACUGGAGGAUCCAGAUCCAGGCGUCCAGUCAGCAGCUGUAAAUGUUAUCUGUGAACUGGCCCGGAGAAAUCCCAAGAACUACCUGUCUCUGGCUCCACUCUUCUUCAAACUCAUGACCUCUUCUACUAAUAACUGGGUUCUCAUUAAGAUCAUCAAGCUGUUUGGUGCACUCACACCACUCGAGCCACGAUUGGGGAAGAAACUGAUCGAACCUCUGACAAACCUAAUUCACAGUACCUCCGCCAUGUCACUGCUGUAUGAAUGUGUCAACACUGUGAUUGCAGUGUUGAUUUCCUUGUCUUCUGGGAUGCCCAACCACAGUGCUAGUAUCCAGCUCUGUGUGCAGAAACUGCGAAUCCUGAUAGAAGACUCGGACCAGAACUUGAAGUACCUGGGCCUGCUGGCCAUGUCAAAGAUCCUGAAGACCCACCCCAAGUCAGUGCAGUCUCAUAAGGACCUCAUCCUCCAGUGUCUUGAUGACAAGGAUGAGUCCAUCCGCCUUAGAGCUCUAGAUCUGCUCUAUGGAAUGGUAUCCAAAAAGAACUUGAUGGAGAUUGUAAAGAAGCUGAUGCUGCAUGUGGACAAAGCAGAAGGAACCACCUACAGAGACGAACUCCUUACCAAGAUCAUUGACAUCUGCAGCCAGAGCAACUACCAAUACAUCACCAACUUUGAAUGGUAUAUCAGUAUCCUGGUGGAGCUGACCCGAUUAGAGGGCACGCGACAUGGCCAUCUUAUCGCCUCUCAGAUGCUGGAUGUUGCUAUUCGGGUCAAAGCCAUCAGGGCCUUUGCUGUUGCCCAGAUGGCCACUCUGCUGGACAAUGCCCACCUGCUCACCGGCAACAUGCAGCGAAACGGCAUCUGUGAAGUCUUGUAUGCAGCAGCCUGGAUCUGCGGCGAGUUCUCCGAACACCUGGAGAACCCAAUGCAGACGCUGGAGGCCAUGUUACGGCCAAAGGUGGCCACACUACCAGGCCACAUACAGGCAGUGUAUGUGCAGAAUGCAGCCAAGCUAUUUGCCACCGUGUUGAAGAAUCAAGAGGGGAACACGGACAGCACAGCCUCACAGGAGACCAGCCAGCUGAUGAUAGACAGGCUGCCGCUGUUUGUCCAGAGCGCCAACCUGGAGGUGCAGGAGAGGGCGUCUUGCAUCCUGCAGCUUGUCAAGUACAUCCAGAAACUACAGCAGAAGGACGUCGAAGUAGCGGAGGAAGUGAGCGCUCUGUUUGCUGGAGAACUAAACCCUGUGGCCCCCAAGGCACAGAAGAAAGUGCCUGUUCCUGAAGGUCUGGACCUGGAUGUCUGGAUCAACGAGCCUCCAUCUGAGAGCGAGUCUGAGGAUGAGCAGCCCAAGGCUAUUUUUGCCAAGGAGGAGCCCAAACACUCCCGCCCCCGUCACACAGAGGUGGAUGAGAAGGAGCUGGCAAGGAGGAGAGAAGCCAGAAAACAGGAGCAGGCUAACAACCCAUUCUACAUCAAGGCCUCCCCGUCCUCUCAGAAGGUUUACCAGGACACCCCUGGAGUGGAGCACAUCCCAGUUGUGCAGAUUGACCUCAGUGUGCCUCUCAAAGUCCCAGGUCUGCCUAUGUCUGACCAGUACGUUAAACUGGAGGAGGAGCGCCGGCAGAAAGAGAGAGCAGAGAAGAAAAAGAAGGAGAAGAAGAAGAGGAAAGAAAAACGCAGUGGACGAGGGAAGAAACAUGAUUCAGGCCCAGAGAGUGAGGAGGACAUCACACCUGCGCACAUGGUUGACAUAGUAACUGAGGAGAUGCCAGAGAAUGCCUUACCCAGUGAUGAUGAUGACAAAGACCCCAAUGACCCUCACAAAGCCCUGGACAUCGACCUGGACAAGCCUCUUGGAGACAAUGAGAAGCUACCAGUCCGGGCACACCGUGCAGCAGAGGCUCCAAAAAGCCCAGCAGAAGAUGGAGACGCAGAGAGUGCUGCCACAGAGGAGCCCAAGAAGAAAAGCAGCAAGGAAAAGAGGGAGAAGAAGAAGGAUAAAGACAGGGAUAGGAAGAAGAGCAAAGAGGAGAAGAAGAAGAAAAAACACAAACAUGAAGAAAAGGAGGAGGAUCUCCUCGGGGGUCAGGCGGACGAGCCUGUGGUCCAAUCAGAAGAAACCACUGAGGUGGCAGCACUGCCCACUUCCACCACUGCUGAGGUUUCGGAUCUGGAUUUCUGGCUCUCAAAUGCUCCAGUGCCCUCUAACACCCAGGAAGCAGCAACAGUAGCAGCAGCAGCAGAAGCAGCCCCCGUGCCCAAGGUGGCCCUGGGCACAGCGCCAGACUCGGAGCCUGAUGAGCCCAAAGACACUGAGGAGGACACUAAGUCCUCCAAACACAAGAAGAAGAAGCAGAAAAAGGAGAAGGAAGAGAAGGAGAAAAAAAAGAAGAAGAAGCAUCAUCACCAUCACCACCACAGUGAUGGAGGGGGAGAGGAGUCGGUGCAGAAUGGCACUGUGGAAGAGGAGGAGCCUCUGCCACCCAUGUCCAAUUACUGCCUGUUGGCUGAGAACUCCUACAUCAAGAUGAUGAUGGAAGAUGCGGAUCAGGUGUAUGACAUCCAGGGGAACCUGCAGGAUGGCAGUCAGGUCGUGGUGUCUGUUAUAUUUGAAAACAAGUGUGACAGUUUCCUCAAAUCAAUGGAGUUCAACGUUUUGGACUCUCUCAACUCCAAGCUGCAGAGGCCAGAAGGCUCGGGUCCACAUGAUGGCCUCACCGUCCCUUUCCAGCUUCCACCAGGGGUGUCCAAUGAGGCGCGAUUUGUCUUCACCGUGCAGAGUAUUGUGAUGCCGCAGAAAUUGAAGGGAACACUCACCUUCAUAGUCAAGAAUGAGGACUCCUCCACUCAUGAAAAAGUGGACUUUAAACUGCACUUUACCUGCUCCUCUUACCUAAUCACUACUCCUUGCUACAGUGAUGCAUUUGCAAAACUUCUGGAGUCAGGGGAUCUGAAAGGCAGCUCUGUCAGGCUGGAGGGAGUCAACAUGCCCUUUCACCACCUACUGGCCAGGAUCUGCUUCCAUCACCACUUCUCUGUCGUGGAGAGGAUCGACUCCUGUGCCUCCAUGUACAGCAGGUCUGUCCAGGGUCACCAUGUCUGUCUGCUGGUCAAAACUUCUGGUCAGACAGUGUCCAUUGACGCUAAAUGUGACGAGCCGACGCUGCUUGGGAAUGUGCUGGAUGAGAUCAAGCAGACCUUCUCUCAGUGCUGAUUGUGUCUGACAGCUCCAGGGUGCCCCCAACCCGGCCACAUCACCCCACCCCCCACCCCACUCCUCCCUUGCUGAAACACAACAUAAUCAUAUUACGAAACACUGCGGCUGGCAAUUCCAGUAUCGUCCUAUUUAUUAGUCCAGAGAUUCGCAAGAUUUCUUUCCCCCUUACCUUCUACGUCAGUGUCCCGCACUCUGUUGUUCCUCUGCACUCUGAGCUCUGUGGUCACUCCCCGACACUUGAUGUUGUUUUACAGACUCGCUGUGUUCAUUCUGCAUCUUCUCUGCAAUGCACUUUCAUUUUUACUUCCUGGUUUUCGACCCCUAACAGCCACCCUUUUCCACCCCAACUCUGACUCUGUACUGAGCUCCUGUGUUUCUGGACACCGUGCAUCCUCUGCUCUUUCCUGUGCACCUUUCCGCUCUCCACUCUGAUGGCAACUCAGUCUGUGACAGUCAUGUAAUGUAAUGUAGACAACUGGACUUUUGCUGUUGAUGGUUGAAUUGUGUUUAUACUGUUUUGAAGAGUUUUGUUUUUGUUUUUUGUCUUUGGUUUGUUUUUGUUUGUUGUUUUUGUCUCAAAUUUUUUUUGUUUUUUUGUCUAAAGCCUGUCUGCGCCUUUGUCUCACCCCCGUCUUCUUUCUGCUGACUUAACAUCUAUGUGCGUGCUGCUCAGCUGUGUAGGCCUGGUAAAAAAAAAAAAAAAUGACUGACUUUCUCAAACUGGUCCUAGCUAGGAAAAAAAUGGAGACUCUCACCUGCUCACCCACCUCUGACAAGGUGCCUAGAGGAGACCAGACACUGGGUGACUGGAGUGAGGAUAGUGCAGAGAUAAAAACCAAAGCUACAUAUAAGGCAUGGGUCUUUGACUAGUAUCAGAGCUGUUGCAGAUCUGCUAGUGUUAGUUUACUGUACUGUACUUUGUACAGUAGAUCAUACCCUCCCACCCCACUCCCCAAAACAAGAACUCCACAUGUAUCAUUCAAGAAGGGAGUGUAUAAAAAUAAUUGAAAGAAACUCUGGCACCAGAGUAGAAGUGUAAUGUGAGAUUUCUUCAGCACAGGACAGUUUGCUGUCAGGCUAAUGCCACCUUUCUCAGCCUCCUCUUCAACUCACAGCUGGAGUUGUUUGUUGUAUAGAAGAUGUUAUAUUGUUGUAAUUAAACAGAAGCAUACUGUUAUUCUUAUGAAGCCGCUAUGGUGCUGACAUCCCCCAUUUGUGUCACCACAUGGUCAAAUUAGUGACAGAAUAAUCUGGCGUGAAGAGAGUUGCUCAUGUUACAUUACUGUCCUGCCUCUUUUCUCUGAAAAAGUCAAACUAUGAAUACUAAAGGACGAUAUAGUUACACUAUAAAGCUUUCUGCAUUUUUAAAACCAGCUUCUCUGCAUAUCAGGUUGCUGACGUUCUCUCUGUAAGCAGAGACUGUGAAAUGGUCGAUGGUUUUAGGUUCCCCUCAAUCAGUAUUAGGCAACGUGGUUUCCAUGUUCUGUCAACAGCAGAACGGAGUUUUGUCUGUCUUCAUGUGAAAUCAUGUGAAACAUUUGCGCCUGUGCCACUUUGAUGUUCGCAUCACAGAAGCCGCACCCAGCUGGUGUGUACCCAGAUAAAUCCCCCUAUGUUUCUUUUCCCUUCAGAAACUGCCUUGCCACUUCUUUUGUGCAUUGACAUGUUAUGAUGAACAUGAAAGGCUAUUUUUUUUUAAAGGAAAUGGCCUCCUCUUAGAACAGUCCCAGAGGUACUUGAUGUUUUAGUUUGUGUCAUUCAUGUCACUACCUGGUCCAGCACGACUUAACCUUGUAGUAGCAAGACAAAAACUGACUUGGUAGCGUCUCUUUUCAUGUAUACUGAUAAGGCCCCUUCACAUCUGUCUGUUAUUGUAGAUAACAACUAUGAUAAUGAUGUCUGUGACCUGAAGGUCAGGUCAGCUAUUCCAUGAGAUCUUCUGUCCAGUUGUAGAGUCUGAAUACAGAGGUGAUCAGCUGUGUAUCAGGAGUGUCAAUAGGAUAUGAGUAUGUAUGUAUUACCUGUUCCUGAAAAUGACUGAUAUCAGCAAAACCGAAAAAAAAACAACUCCCCUGAUCAUACAUUGUUCUAACUCUGAUCAUUUUCCUGUGCAUAUUUGAUUAAAAUUUGUAUAUUGCAUGAUUUGGAAUGUACACUUUUUAUUUCCCUUUUUUUCUGUUCCAUGGACAUGCUUACACAAACAAAAACUUCGUCAUUCCAUCUUGUUCUUUUUCUUUUUAGUCUUUUUUUUAUAUAUAAAAUUUACUUGACCAUUCUCUGUUUUUGAUGGUAUUGUGUUUUUAUCUAUUCUAAGAUCAGACAAUUAAAAAAAACGUGAUAUUGUUGAAUGUUUUAAAUUAUUAAACAUAGGGGAAUGAAGGGGGUUCUCUUUGCUGUCAUGACACACAGGGCUUGGGGCUCCAAAUAAGUUGAAUAGAACGGGUCACGUGAGUGUACUGAGAGGCAACCCACUCUGUCUUAAAUCUCUAUCAGUUCAGUUGUAGUGAGUUAUUUUAUCAAGUUUGGCUUGUGACAUUGAAAUAUACUCCUAUAUGACUCUGA